GGCUUCGCUUAUGCUAAUAAAUCGAAUCCAAAAGAAAUAAUUGCGCACGAUGAUUGGCAAGAUUUUACUGGUAAAAUGGAAAAUAACAAAUCACCCCGCAAUUACCGAAAGUCAAGUUUUGAUUGUUAUGACGGUAUUUUAAGAACUGAUUGUUUCGCCAUAGAAACCAUGCGCGAUUGUGCGUUUAAUGCUGGUCUAAUUGAUGAUAAGAACAGUCGGAAUCUAAAAUUUACAACUGAGCCAACGUUUAUGGUGGUUGAUUGUGGCGGUGGUACGGUUGAUUUGACAACUCGAAAACUCUUGGAAGCUGAACAACUUAGUGAAAUCAUCGAAAGAAAAAGCGAAUUUUGUGGUGGAAAAUUAUGUCCAGUUAUUAAACAAUAUGUUAAAGGCUCAGAGCGCGAUAUGAUGGAAGAAGCAGAAUGGUGUGUCGAAUUGAACGUUAAAUCAAUGUUUGAUCCCGUGGUAGCACAAAUCAUACCAAGAAUCAAACAAGAAUUCAAUAAGAAAGUGAAGAAUAUAUCUGUACCUACACAUCCAAUGACAGCAAUUGUUAAAGGGGUAAGAACUGAUGUCGCUUGUAAUUGGAGAAAAGGCGACCCGCCAAGUCGAAAACUUCAGGGUGGACAAAUUAUCGAAUUUUCACAAUUGGCAAAACGUGGGACCGAAAUUUCUGUUGAUUCUGUGGUAAAUAGAAUAUUUAGUCCAGGGCAUAUGUUACAAGAUAGAAUGGGUCUAGAUAUGUAUUAUACCGAUAAAAAUGAUGCAAAGUUUUGCGAUUCACCUGGUGUAAAUUUACUCGCGAUAAAAAGGGCGGUAUUAUUUGCUUUAAGUUUUGGUGAGAUUGAAAUUCUCGCUACCGCUUUUAAUAUCGAAACUGGUGAAAAAUAUGAAACUACAUUCGAAUUGGAUAUUUAA